AUCAAAUUUUAGUUCAUGUCCCAAAAACUCUCUCAACGUCACCAAACCGUUUUCGCGGAUAAUUUCCAAAUCACAAACUUUACACUCAUAUAAAUAUAGACGCCACUAAGCAAAACCCAAAACAAAGAGGUGUUUUUCAGUGUUUUCAAAUUUUGGAGAGAUGGAAAAUUUGAAGAGACCAUGGGUCAGAGGGAGCUGUAUUGGCAGAGGAUCGUACGGUACUGUCAGCCUCGCGGUCAACAAAUCGGACGGCCAGGGUAAAGUUUUCGCUGUGAAGUCCGUUGAUCUGAGUUCGUGUUUGAAGCCUCAAGCCGACGCUUUGGAGAACGAAAUUCAAAUUCUUCGCUCUCUUUCUUCGCCGUGGGUGGUGAAGUACCUCGGCGAUGAUUUGACGGCGGAGCAAGGCAGCACGACGUCGUUUCGGAACCUCCACUUGGAGUACUUGCCAGGUGGCACCGUCGCUGACUUGGCAAAACGUUAUUCCGGCGCUGACGUGGAUGAGGAAAUUGUCCGAUCGUACACGUGGUGCGUCGUCUCUGCGCUGAAGUACGUGCACGCCAUGGGCAUUGUCCACUGCGACGUCAAGGGCAAGAACGUGUUAGUGGGACCAACUCACGGCGGCGCAAAGCUCGCCGAUUUCGGCUCUGCUGCGGAGAUCUCAGCCGCAUCGCCGCCGUGUGGAAGUCCGCUGUGGAUGGCACCGGAGGUGAUUCGCCGGGAAUAUCAGGGGCCGGAGUCGGACGUGUGGUCGUUGGGGUGCACAGUCAUCGAGAUGGUCACCGGAAAGCCGGCUUGGGAGGACCACGGCGGCAAUACGCUUUGCAAAAUUGGGUACUCCGACGAGUCGCCUGAGAUCCCGACUCAGUUAUCGGAACUGGGUCGAGACUUCCUCCAUAAAUGUCUCCGGCGAGACCGAACCCAGCGGUGGAGUUGCGAUCAGCUGUUGCGCCACCCUUUCGUAUCGUCAUCAGCACCGUCGAAUUCGAUUACUCACCAAUCGCCUCGUUGCGUGCUCGAUUGGUUGAAUUCAGAGUUCUCCGAUGAAGAGAAAGAAGAAGAUGAAUCGAGGUUGGAAUACGAAAUUCGAGCUCAGUCUGGUAGAGGUAGAAUUGGGAAAUUAGCAUCGAAUGAAGGGGCAAUUUGGGAAUCUGAUGGUUGGGUG